GGCGGGACACCACAAGCCUCUAGGUCCCAGGGCUAACGAGGCCCGAGGUACUAACGGCAGUCGAGGAAGGCGCGAGCCUAGCUCGACUGUCGACCCUGCCCACCAAGUGCCUUAUAGGGGCCAGCAUGAGCGUCCCAGGGCCGGAGGCGGCCUGCGCUGCGCGCUGUGUCAGGAGGCCGCUGGGGCGGCGUCCCGCGGGGAGGAUGAGCGGCUCGGGCGCCAGGCCCAGCCACCUGUCCCAGCCAGUGGUGAAGAGCGUGCUGGUGUACCGCAACGGGGACCCUUUCUUCGCGGGCCGACGCGUGGUCAUCCACGAGAAGAAGGUGUCCAGCUUCGACGUGUUCCUGAAAGAAGUGACAGGCGGCGUUCAGGCACCCUUUGGGGCUGUCAGGAAUAUCUACACCCCACGCACAGGCCACCGCAUCCGGAAGCUUGACCAGAUCCAGAGCGGGGGCAACUACGUCGCCGGCGGCCAGGAGGCCUUCAAGAAACUCAAUUACUUGGACAUAGGAGAUAUCAAGAAAAGGCCAAUGGAAGCUGCUAACACAGAGGUAAAACCAGUAAUCCACAGCAGGAUCAAUGUGUCAGCGCGCUUCAGAAAACCUCUGCAGGAACCCUGCACAAUCUUCUUGAUUGCAAAUGGAGACCUUAUAAGUCCAGCUUCUCGCCUCCUCAUCCCGAGAAAAGCCUUGAGUCAGUGGGAUCACGUCCUGCAGAUGGUCACCGAGAAGAUCACGCUGCGGAGCGGGGCUGUCCACAGACUUUACACCUUAGAAGGAAAACUCGUUGAGAGCGGGGCGGAGCUGGAGAAUGGGCAAUUUUACGUGGCUGUCGGCAGAGAUAGGUUUAAGAAACUACCUUACAGUGAAUUACUUUUUGACAAGUCCUCAAUGAGAAGGCCUUAUGGUCAGAAAGCCUCUUCACUACCUCCUAUUGUAGGAUCCAGAAAGUCUAAAGGGAGUGGAAAUGACCGCCAAUCCAAGUCAACCAUUGGAUCCAGCGACAAUUCCUCUCCUCAGCCCCUGAAGAGGAAAGGGAAAAAAGAGGAAGGGAGUUCAGGAAAACCAACGAAAGUGAAACAAGACAUCAAGUCUCAGAGCUCACCACCAACAGUUCCAAACAAUGUAAUUAGAACCAAGCGUGUGCUCUUGGCUACUCGCCUCUCAAGAGGGCCCUUUGCCUUUUGGAAAGAUGAAGGCAUUUUCAAAGCUGGAGCUGAGCGGUCCGAAAUGAGGGGGGCAGCAGAAGUUCAAGAGGAUGAGGAUACUCAGGUGGAGGUUCCAGUUGAUCAGAGGCCAGCAGAAAUAGUAGAUGAGGAAGAAGAUGGAGAGAAAAUGACGAAGGAAGAGGGACAGAAGGAAGACUUUGCAGGAAUGAAUGGUGAUGUGGAAGGUGAUGGCGAGAGACAGGUGGCAGAUGUCCCCGAGCAGGUUGAGGAGAUCCCAGACACCAGUGAGGAGCAGGCAGCUCCCGCGCGCGUGAGCAGAGGCACCGAUGAGGAAAAUGGGGAGGAGCUGGAGCCGGUCACCAGCGAGCUUCAGCCGGCAGCUGAUGAAGAAGGAAAGGCUCAAGGAGCUGGAAAUGGACACGAGGAGGCUAAUACAGACCCUCAAAGACCACCAAGGCCAGAAGUCAAGAUCACAAGUCCACAAGAAAAUGAAAGCAACGAACAAAGCAAGGACUAUGCUGUCGUGGCAUAGAUGAUUUUUUAAAAAUAUGUGGAUUACAAGAAAAUUGAAGGAUUGCAAUACUUGAAUAAUAAGUGCAUAGUUAUUGCUAAAUGUAAUGUGACAACAUGGUUGGAUACUACCUACUGCAUUUUGAAAUUACAGGCCUACUUGAAAGACUAGAUAAACUUUAGCAGCUACUAAAGGAGAAAUGACUUACUUUUAUGGUAUACAUUUUUAAAAAUAAGAAAAUUAAAUAGGAUGGACAGAGGAGAGUUUAUACUGGGAGAUUAUUGACCACUUGUCUUUGAGAAGGAUAAAAACAUAGAAU